CGAAAGGAAAUCAGAGUGACCCUGACGCUAUCCGGUAAGGUUCAUAUGAAUGGCAAGUUCACAGUUCCACUGUCUGCAAUCAGUCAGAGUUUCUUCUGCAUCUCGGCUUUUCAUAUCUACUUCAUUUGAUCAUGGUAGAGUGAAUUUUAAAAGAAAUAGCAAUUGUCUUGUUUAUGCUUCCACCAACAACUUGAACAGGGACCAUCAUCCUCAAUCAAAGGUCGACACAGUGCUAGAUAGUAUAAAAUGGGAUGACAAAGGUUUAGCAGUUGCAUUAGCUCAAAAUGUUGAUACAGGAGCCAUCUUGAUGCAAGGUUUUGCGAACAGGGAAGCAGUGGCUACAACAAUCUCCUCCCGUAAGGCCACAUUCUACAGUCGGUCGCGAUCAAUGCUGUGGACAAAGGGCGAGACCUCCAAUAAUUUCAUUAAUGUCCAUGACAUCUUCCUUGAUUGUGAUCGGGACUCUAUAAUAUACCUAGGGAAGCCUGAUGGCCCGACUUGCCACACAGGAGCAGAGACUUGCUAUUACACCUCGUUGAUUGAUUUGUUAGAAGAUCAGCAGAGUGGAUAUAAAUUCCCGUUGACCACUCUGAACUCUUUAGAAUCUAUAAUUGCAAAGCGAAAAGGAGAACUAGAUGUUCCACAAACUGGAAAGCCCUCAUGGACUAGACGACUACUACUUAAUGAGAAAUUGUUGUGUUCAAAAAUCAGGGAAGAGGCAGAUGAGCUAUGUCGAACAUUAGAGGAGAAUGAGGAUAUGUCGCGUACUGCAUCAGAGAUGGGAGAUGUUCUUUAUCAUUCCAUGGUUCUGCUGGCCCUUAAAGAUGGAAAAAUAGAAGAUGUUCUAGAAAUUUUACGACAGAGAUUUUCUCAGUCAGGUAUCGAGGAAAAGAGAAGUCGCAAGACACAAGGCUAG